AUGUCGUUUAAAGAUUUUGAUGAUGACUAUUUAGUCUUAUCACCUCAACUACAUCAACAACUACAGCCUUCUUCAAUACCCCUGGAUUAUGGUAAUUUCAAUACUACGUCAAUAACUGCCAGUAAUUCAAAACCACAAAGAAGAACGUCAAAUUUCUUUCCAACUAAUGAAAAUGCAGGGGUAUCCACUCCCAAUAUUCAGUUAUCUUCGGAUUGUUUUAGCUUUCAACCGAUUUCAAAUUCAUCAUCAACUAUGACUGAGACACAACAGCAACAACUGAAUAAUAUUUCGUCAUCAAAUUCACACUUCAUUGCAUUUCAUAAUCAUAACGUGAAGUAUAAUGAAAAUCCAUUAAGUCCAUUUUACAAUAAAGCUCAUUCAGUAGCAACAAGUACAUUAACUUCACCAGUGUUGAACACAUUCAAUCAACCUACAUUUAAUCGACUCGAUACAAAUGGAGACAGUUUGAGUAAUAAUUUUGGAAAUCUAUCUAUUCAAUCAUUAUCAACUACAGUAAAUACCAACCCCACAGUAAACACAACAACGUCAACAACAUCAGCAACUUCAUUACCGCAAACUCCAACACAACACCAAUCACUACCUCAGACGCCGCAACAAAGAUUCAACGGAUUUAUGAUUUCUAAUGCAAAUUCUACAUCUGGAAAUACCAAUAAUACGUCUACAACUGCUACUACACCAACAACAACAGUAAGUGAUUUUUCAUUACAACAACCAGCUCUAUCAAUUUGGAAUAAUAGUAUCAAUAAUAGUUUUGAAAUUGAACUCCCACAACUGGUUAUGAAACGAGAAAAUAGGUAUCUGAACAAAGUAAACAAUCCAGUAUUUAUACCCAGUGGACCCAAAAUACCAGAGUCUAAUAUUGUGGAAGAAUCAGAAAUACUUUCAGCAUUUACAGAACAAGCUAUUGAGGACGAUGAUGAGGAUGAAUUUGGUCACAACCAAGAAGAUAAGGAACCAGAUAAUAAACCAGUCAAACAUUUACCAUCAGAAUCCAAUGAAUCAGACCAAGAUAUUGAUUGUCCAAGAAUUAAAUUUCCUGAGAAAGUUCCAUAUACAUCAAAGAAUGAUUAUUUUAUUCAAGAUAUGGUCAAUUAUGAUUUGACUAAUCGAUACAGUGAAGGUUAUAGUACGACAUUUUAUAAGAGGAAUAAACAUGGAUACAUGUUUAUUCGAGAAUCUACCAAUACUUUACAUGUUCAUCAAAACUCGUGGAUUCAAUUGAAAAUCAAAUUACCUGUGAAUAAUCAUAAGAAGUUAUUAAUCAAGAAAUUAAAAGUUGAUAUCAAAGAAUUACCUAUUUGGAAACCUAAAGCUUGA